AUGGUUUCUUGGCACAUUCGUGGUGAAAUGGAUGAAAUCGACGUUGAUCAAAGUUAUGCUGGACAUCCGACAAUGUUUUCAAUAAGAAUGCACCAUGGAGGUGAGUUUACAAGCUUUCCUGGAAGGAAGUAUAUUCGUGGGAAGAAAACAUUUGUUGAUUUACUGGACAUUGAUACCUUUUCCGUUCAUGACAUUGAUGAGAUGAUGGAAGACCUAGGGUAUGCUUCAAUAGGUAAACCACUUUACUAUCACUUUCAAAGGCCUUUAGGCGAUUUAGAUUUUGGGUUAUUCGCUUUAGCUAGUGAUGAAGAUGUUCGUUAUUUGGGGAGUUUUGUGGCUAAGCAUAAGUUAAUUGAGGUAUAUAUAGAGCAUGACAAAACUACUCUGCACACCUAUUUAAUGUCCCCAACCCACAGUAAAGUUCGUAUAACGGAGAUUACUGAACCUCCAUCUUGUUCAAAGACACUGUUCCUGGAGUGGCAUAGCACACCUGCUGUUGACUUGGAGGAUGACAUGGAUCACAUGGAGAAAGAAUCGGGUAAUGAUCCUACACCCACUGGUCAUCUGGAGAAGGAUUUGGGUAAUGAUGCUACUGUCACUGAUCAUAUGGAGAAUGAUUUGGGUAAUGAUGCUACUCUCACUGAUCAUAUGGAGAAUGACUUGGUUAAUGAUGCUAAUGACUUUGGUAAGUUUGGUGAGUUAGAGAGUGACAAUGAUGAAAGUGAUGAUAGUGAUUUUUUUGUGGACAUUGAAAAUAUAUUGGAUGAUAUUAAUGUGGAUAUGCAAGAUUUUGAAAUGAAUAUCGACAAAGAUGUGGAAUGGGUUGGAGGGUCGUCUAACACUGUGGUUGAUGAAGGCACACAGGAUGAAGCUUUAGAGGUGAUUAACACUGACUUUUUAGCAUCUGAUUCAUCAUCAGAUGAGGGGAUUAAUGCAAAGGAGUUUAAGGAUAAGGUAAAACUCCAUGCCAUAGAGACUAGAAGGGAGCUGGCUCUUGAAAAAAAUGACAAGAAUAGAGUGAGAUGGGUUUGUAAGGGAACAAUACCAAAGCUUGGGCCUAAUGUAGAAGUCAACGAUGAAGAAGAAAUAUGUCCUUGGGUCUUAUUAGCUAGUAAAUGGAAAAAAGAUGUCAACUGGACAGUUAAAACGUACAACAAAGUCCAUAAAUGUCUUCAAACUAGAACAGUAAAAGCAUGUACGUAUAAAUUCCUCUCUUCUAAAAUUGUUGAACAGGUUGAAAGUAACCCUGCUGUUCCAAUUAGGGCUUUGCAAGAACAGCUACAACGGAGGUUUAAGGUAGAUCUUUCUAGGAUGAAAACAUUUAGGGCAAAAUCUGAGGCUCUAAACCUUGUGCAAGGAGAUUUCGUUACUCAGUAUAGUUUACUCAGAGAUUACAUUGUUGAGUUGCAAACUCGUAACCCAGAUACGACUGUUAGGGUUGAUGUUGAAAGCGAAGGAAAUCCACACAGUGAAACGAGGACAUUCAGACGCAUUUACAUAUGCUUGGGAGCUUUAAAGAAAGGCUUCGCAGCUGGAAAGAGGGAUUUUCUUGGCUUUGAUGGUGCUUUCAUGAAGGGUCCAUUUCCAGGACAAAUUCUUUCAGCCGUGGGACUAGAUGGUAAUAAUGGCACAUAUCCAUUGGCAUAUGCGGUGGUUGAAACAGAGAACAUCAGUUCAUGGACUUGGUUUUUGAGUUGUCUUGGGGAGGAUCUUGGCUUGAAUACCAAUUCUAAUUUCACUUUUAUAACAGACAGACAAAAGGGUAUUCUAAAUGCAAUUGUGGACUUGUUUCCUUGUGCUGAAAAUCGUUACUGUGUUCGUCACAUUCGGGAUAACAUGAGGAAGCAAUGGAGGGGUAAACCUUUCGAAGACCUCUUAUGGACAUGUGCAACUGCAACACAUGUACAACAGUUUAACAAAGGCAUGGAAGAGCUAAAGAAAUUAAACAAGGAUUGUUAUGAGUGGCUUAAGAAGAUACCACCUCAGCACUGGUCUAGGUCCCAUUUCACUGGGAGAGCACAUUCUGAUGUGAUUCUUAAUAACUUGUGUGAAACAUUCAAUGGAAAACUGAAUGAGGGUCGUGAUAAACCAAUUAUUACUUGCCUAGAGUUCAUUAGGGAAUAUCUAAUGAAGAAGAUUGUGAAUGUAGAAAAGGCCAUUGGGAAAUGUACUGGUCCUUUGACACCUACAGCUAUGCAGACUUUGGAAAAUAUAAAAAAACAGGCAGAAGAUUAUAGAUCUGUAUUUUGUGGAAAUGGUAAGUAUCAGGUAAGUGGCCCUUGGAUGGACCAAUGCGCGGUGGAUGUGGUUCAACAAACAUGCUCCUGCAGGAAAUGGGAACUCACUGGGAUGCCAUGCAAACAUGCUGUUGCUACUAUAUGGGAGAUGAGGAAGAAUAGUAAGGAUGUUGGAAUACCAGAAACUUGGGUGCAUGAGGUAUAUUGGCUAAAAACUUGGAAACAGAUGUACUCAUUCAAAAUUGAGCCCAUUAAUGGGAGAAGCAUGUGGGAAAAGUCUGUGUGUCCAACAACUUUGGUUCCUCCUAAACAUCAUGUCACAAUUGGUAGACCAAAGAAGAAACGCAGAAAAUCAGCUUAUGAAAUUGAUGACAUGGUGAAGGGUAAUAGUGCAUCAAGAAUCCUUCAGUCGGUUACUUGUUCAAAGUGCAACAACAUUGGUCAUAAUGCAAGGAGUUGUAAGGGACAAAAAGCUAAUGCUCCUAGUGGUUCUGGUGGUCCUGGUGGUUCUGGUAAGGGAAAAGGAAAAGCUGGUUGA